GGAAGCCCAAGGUCGCGCAGAGAAUCAAUCCGACGAGGAGAGCCAUUGGAGACGCUGUGACGGACGGGAGGUCGACGCGCAGGGAGCAGCACUAAGGACGGCGCCGCUGGGACGAGACGGCAUCAGCAUUCGACGGGUUUUGUUGGAGCAUGGCUUCCAAACUGCGGGGCGACGCCGCCCAGCAACCCACUCUGUCUCGUCGGACCGCGCACGUCCGCAAUCGUGCCGGGGAGAAGCCAGUCGAGUGCGCAGUCUGUCAGAAGAAGUUUAGGUACCCAUGUGAUCUCAAAGUUCAUCUCCGAACCCAUACAGGCGAGAAGCCAUUCGAGUGCACAGUCUGUCUGAAGAAGUUUACAAAAGCAUCGGAUCUGAGAAGACAUUUACGAACCCAUACAGGCGAGAAGCCAUUCGAGUGCACAGUCUGUCAGGAAAAGUUCAGUCAAGCAUCGAAUCUGAGAAGCCAUUUACGGACCCAUACAGGCGAAAAGCCAUUCGAGUGCAUAGUCUGUCUGAAGAAGUUCAGUAAAGCAUCGGAUCUGAGAAGCCAUUUACGAACCCAUACAGGCGAGAAGCGAUUCGAGUGCACAGUCUGUCAGAAGAAGUUCAGUUACACAAGUCAUCUCAAAACUCACCUUCGAACCCAUACAGGCGAGAAGCCAUUCGAGUGCACGGUCUGUUUGAAGAAGUUUAAUGAUACAUCGAAUCUGAGAAGCCAUUUACGAACCCAUACAGGCGAAAAGCCAUUCGAGUGCACAAUUUGUCAGAAGAAAUUCACUCGAGAGGAUAAUCUUAAAAUACAUCUAAGAACCCAUACAGAGGAGACCCCGUUCGAGUGCAGUCUGUCAGGAAAAGUUUAGUCAAUCAUCGAAUCUCAGAAGGCAUUCACGAACCCAUGCAGUGGGGAAUCAACUCCAGUCUCUCUGAUGAACUCUAGUUUUGCUGGAGUGAGACGUAAUAUUUCGCAUAUUUCACAUUCUAGUGCAAUUCGUUGAAGUCUCGAUCUAUGCGCAAUAGUCAUGUUGAUACACUACAAACCUAACUGUCUUCUAAGUACACACUUACAAAUGCAUGCUUGCAAGUACACACUUACAAACGCAUGCUUGGCCAAGUACACACUGACAAACGCAUGCUUGUCAAGUAUGCGUUUGUAAGUGUGUACUUGCAAGCAUGCAUUUGUAAAUGUGUUUUUGGCCAAGCAUGCGUUUGUAAGUGUGUACUUGCAAGCAGGCAUUUGUAAGUGUGUACUUGGUAGACAGCUAGGUUUACAGUGUACGAGAGGAACAGUAGUGUAUUGAAUGACACGGCUCACGCUUUGAAUGUGACGUCAUUCUCCCGGAAAACUUGGUCAUACUCUUGCCUGGUGGUGUCUUGAAAUAGGGUACCCCAAUGAAUCUUGAUACAAAAGAUGAAGAACAAAAGUAAGCCCUAAAAUCAGCUUCUGCGCAUGGGCACCUGGCCGUGGGGAAAACGUCUGCGCAUGCGCACCGCAGAAGCUGUUAUUAGAGCUUGCUUUUGUUCUUCCGUUUCAAGAUACAUUGGAGUACCCCAUUGAAUAUGCUGCUCUAUUAAGCGAGCCAUAUUGUAGUGUUGCUUUCUAAAAUAAUCUGGUAACAGGUUCGUGCUAUAGACACUUUUUGACAAUGGAACCGCGCAUUUGUAAUUGUUGACGUUACGGCGGUUCUAGUUAUGUUCUCACUUGUGUGUGAGUGAGUGUGAGCGAGAGAAAGAAAACUCUUGCAUUGUGAUACGAGCCAUCGCAUAAUACUGUUGGACUCAUUUGUCUUUUCCCAAGGUGGUUCCCGUGUCAUUGUUUUUUCCUGUUAUCGCCAAAGAACUGGGUUAUGAGAGUUUCUCUCCUUUGAAAAUAAAAAAGGCGCUCAUAUUUUUUUCAAUAUUGUUCAGUACCAGUAUGUAAACUGCUGUAAUAUUUCAUUUUUUAUGUAAAUUUCUUUUUUUAUAAAAUUGUCAAAAUCUCAACAUUAAAAAUCACAUUUAAUUUUC